GAGCCAUCGCCACAGUCACAGGUCCUCCCUGCACCUCCGCUCAGCCCAGAACCAGAACCAGAACAGAGCCCGACAGCAUGUCCUGCAGCCUCAGCUCCCGGACCCUCUCCUCCCGCUCCCUGGGCGGCUGCCUGCGGUACCCGGCCUCCUCCUGCGGCUCUUUCUACCCCGGCAAUGUCUACCCCGGCAACGCCUGUUCUGGCAAUGUCUACCCCGGCAGCGCCUGCUCUGGCAAUGUCUACCCCGGCAACGUAGCGUACGCCCAGGGCACCUGCCAGCAGGACUCCCCGCCCUACGGCUGCCAGGAGACCUGCUGGGAGCCCGCCGGCUACCAGGCACCCUCCUACGGCCGCAGGUCCUCCUCGCUCCGCCGGUCCUACGGGGCCACCUGCCCAGGCUCCCUGGGCUGCGGCAGCACCGGCCUCGGGCCUUUCGGUUACGGAGGCUCCGCUGCCCAGUCCCCGGGCUGUGGGGCCGGCUACUGCCGUCCCACCUACUUCUCCUCGUCCAGGACCUACCAGGCCCCCUCUUUCCAGCCGGCCUGCGGCUCGGGCUGCUACGGACAGACUUACUGACGGGCUCUGACCCACGGGGACGGGGACGCCUGCACCUGAGCAGCACCCCGGGAUGUCCGGCCUCGGCCUCAGCUGGACCCGCCUCGCAGCCUCCUGAACCCCGCUUCCUGGGGCCCAGCCCCCGGGGCCUUCUCUGCCGGCCUGGGAGCCGGAGCUCGGCCACUCCUGAGGCUGUCCCUCUCCUCCUGGCGCUGUCCCGUC